AUGCACCGUGCAGUGCGCGUGCCUGUGCGGUGCGCCGGCCGCGCUGGCCGUGUGCUACCGUGCCAUCCUCGGCUCCGGCCUCUACGACAGCUUGGGCAGCCUGGGCUCGUCGCAGCUGCGGCCCAGCCUGGUUGGAGGUCCUUCUCUACGGAAACUCACGAGUUUAAGGCUGAGACAAAGAAGCUCCUGGACAUUGUAGCCAAAUCACUAUACACCGACAAGGAGGUUUUCAUAAGAGAGCUCAUCUCCAACGCAUCAGAUGCGUGUGAAAAGCUCCGGUUCCUGCAGGGGACCCAGCAGAUCAAGGACGUGAACGAUGCAGAAGUUCCGCUCGAGGUCACUCUCAGCGUGAGCGAGAGCGACAGGAAAUUUGUCAUCGAGGAUUCGGGCAUUGGCAUGACUCACGAUGAGCUCGUGGAGCACCUGGGCACGAUUGCCAAGAGUGGCUCGCUGGACUUCCUUCAGCGUGGGGAGUCCGAUGCGAGUAAGAUCAUCGGGCAGUUCGGUGUGGGUUUUUACUCAACCUUUGUGGUGGCAGACAAGGUGGAGGUUUACACCAAGACGGCUGACAAGGAGAAAGGUGAACAGGGCUAUCUGUGGACCUCAGACGGUUCUGGUAGCUUCACCGUCUCCGAGGUCGACGACGUGCCUCGGGGCACUCGCAUCGAGCUAACUCUCAAAGACGAUGCCACAGAGUUUGCCAAGUUGGCAACGGUGAAGAAGUCUGCGCAAAAGUUCUCCUCCUUCAUUGACUUCCCCAUCAACGUGAAAGAAGAUGGAGAUCCAAAGCCGAUCAACAAGCAGGAGGCCCUGUGGAUGAAGAGCUCAGCGACAGAGGAGCAGCACCUGGAGUUCUUUCGUUUCCUCAGCGGCAACUCAUACGGAAAGCCGUACUACACCUUGAUGUAUCAGACGGAUGCUCCGCUGUCCAUCAAAAGUUGCUUCUACGUUCCAGAUCCUGACAACGCACCCAGCCGGGUCUUUACCAAGGAUCCUGAAAUCGGUAUCUCUCUGCACUCUCGGCGAGUCAUGGUCAAGAAGCACGCAGAUGGUGUCAUUCCGAAGUGGCUUCACUGGAUGAAGGGCGUUGUUGACUGCGAAGACAUGCCCAUGAACAUCAGCCGAGAAAACAUGCAAGACACCCGCCUGAUGGAGAAGCUCAGCAUGGCAGUCGUGCGCCGAAUUCUACGAUUCCUGCAGCAGGAGGCAAAGAAGGACUCAGAGAAGUACAACAAGUUUUUCAAGGGCUAUUCGUACUUCCUGAAGGCAGGAAUCAUCGAGGAUAAGGAAGGAAACUUCAGUCGUCACAAGGAUGACAUCUUGAAGCUUCUACGCUUCGAGUGCUCCAACAAGCCCAAGGGUGAGCUGGUGUCUUUAGAGGAAUACAUGAGCAUGGCAAAGGAGGGACAGCAGAACAUCUACUACUUCUGCUGUCCUGACCGACAGACAGCGCUGUCGUCUCCAUACAUGGAGCAGUUCGUGCAGAGACAGCGGAAUGUCCUCCUGAUGUACGAGGACAUCGACGAGUUCGUCGUCAAUGCGAUCGAGGGCUUCAAGGACAGCAAGUUGGUGUCGGUUGAUUCAGCUGACAAGAAUUUUGAGCUGGACUUGGACAAGCCCGAAGAGGAUGACAAGGAGGACAAGAGGGAGCUCACCCAGCAAGAAAAAGAUGAAAUGCAGAAGUUCAUCAGAGACGUGCUGAAGGAGAAGGUGCAGGAGGUGAAAUUCUCGGAGCGACUUGUAAACUCUCCAGCGCUUGUGACCAGCGUCAUCACCCCGCACAUGCGCAAGAUGAUGAAGAGCUUAAUGGCUGGCAAGGAGAAUGACGGAUUGGGCAACAUCCCCAUGACCUUAGAGCUCAGCCCAAAGCACCACAUUGUGACGACGCUGGCAACGAUCCUGGCGUCCAAUGAGCCCGUCGCGCGGAUCGCGGUGGAGCAGCUGUACGACAAUGCUUGCAUUGCCGCCGGCACGCUCGACGAUCCGCGGGUGCUCAUGUCCAGAUUGAACAAGGUGCUUGAGAUGUUUGUCUACCAGGGAGCCGGCUUUGACUACGCGAAGAAUGAGUACCGGCACGAAAUUCCAAAGGCAGAGGCCAAAGAGGAGGCCCCGAGCGAGAGCCCAAAGGACACCAGCGGCUCUAGUGGCUCCAGCGGCUCCAGUGGCAAGUUUGAGGAGAUCAAGCCAGGAAGUUCGUAG